AUGGAGGUCCCGCGGGACGCUGAACACGUGGUCUCGGCUGCCACAAGACGUCAGCGGCAGAUGGCAUGGGUACCCGCUGUUGGCAUGAGUGUCAUUCCUCAAAGAGAGAGGGAAAGGGAAGAGACAGGCAGAGGGAGAGAGAGACAGAGAGAGAGGGAGAGGGAGAGGAGAAGGAAGAGCAGAAUACAGCGAGGCAGAGAAAAGAGGGUGCGCGGCUUUAAUUUGCGGUUUUUGCAAGACAAGAAGCUGCAGCGCAGAUUCAGAGGAGAUAUUUGGGAUCAUGCAAGGUGCACGCUGACCAGAGGUUAGUAGCAUUUGUAUUAUAUUGAAAUAAUGUUGACGCUGCCCUUCGAGGAACCUCAUAUGAUGUGUGAGCCGCGGUUCGGUGCCAAUUAUCCCCGUGAAAGCUUACCUGAGAGCCUGGAGCAGGAGCGACCACACAACCCAGACAGGUCCCACGCAGACAUGAGGGAGGCCGAGGACGACAUGUCCGAGCGAGAGGAGGACGAAAGGGAGGACGACCAGGAUGAGAACGGGCUUCCAAAAAAGCGAGGCCCCCGGAAAAAGAAGCCCGGCAAGGAGCAGAUGGACAGGGCCAAACUACGGCGCCAGGAAGCCAACGCCCGGGAGCGCAGCAGGAUGCACGGCUUAAACGCCGCGCUGGAGAGCCUGCGCAAAGUUGUGCCGUGCUACUCCAAAACUCAAAAACUGUCCAAGAUUGAGACCCUCAGACUGGCUAAAAACUACAUCUGGGCCCUGUCAGAGACUCUGAGCGCAGGGAAGAGACCGGACCUCCUCGCCUUCGUACAGACUUUGUGCAAAGGAUUAUCUCAGCCCACAACCAACUUGGUGGCCGGUUGUUUGCAGCUGAACGCGAGAAAUUUCCUCACUGACCACAACGGGGAGGUCAUGUUCUCUGGCAGAUCGCCCUACGACGCCAUGUACUCGUACCCCGGCUCGGACAUGAACACGCCCCCCGGCCACAGCGGCGGCAGCUUGGACAGCAGCGCCAAACCCUUCCGACACUACAGCUACAGCGGCGCCUACGAGCCCUACUACGAGAACCCGUCCCCGGAGAGCGGGAGCCCGCAUUUCGACGGCCAGCUGAGCCCCCCGAUGAACUUUAACGGGAUUUUCUCCCUGAAACACGAGGAUCCGCCAGACUACGGCAAAAGCAGCCACUAUGGCAUGCGCUACUGCAGUGCGCCGGGGCGCACGGCUCUUGCGCACAGCUCCAUGUACCGAGUCUCCCCAGAGGCCCGUUUCCCCUACGAUCUGCACGUCCGCAGCCAGUCCUUCCAAGCACAAGGGGAAGUUAAUGGCUCCUUCCACAAUUAA